AUGACCUCCCAGACACCGCGACGAGAGCGGUCAUCUAGCGACAAAGCCCAAGCCGUGUUCAUUCCGCAACGGCCCGGUCUUCCAGGUCGAACAAUUUCCGCCCCUGCUGGUGGUCUGCACAAACUUGAUUCUUCCAAAGUGGCGAUAGAGACCGGGAGUAAGAUUGAGCCACCUGUUAUAGAAGAAGAGGACAACAUGGGAUCCUCCGGAAAGAAUGGAGUUCCACCUACCCGUGCUGGUGAUGAGAUCUCGUCGAAGCCAAGCUUUCCCCUCGUUACCAUUGCCGUCGUUGGCCAAGAUAAAGUAGGUAAAACAACGUUUAUUCAGAGUGCCUUGGAUAUGAAACAGCCCCUUUCGUCACGAGCGACUACGAAGAAGAUGUCGUUGGACGGGACUGUGUAUCUCGUCCGCCUAUUGGAGAUGAAUACGAAGGAGAUAUCAAUCGGGAAUGAUGGCCUCCUGGAAUGGCCACGAGUUGGAAACGAUUCCCCGCCAGUAGACGGCGCUCUUGUUGUCCAUGAUGUGACACGGUCUGUAGGUCUCCCUGAACUUACAAGGUUGUUGGACACCUUGGCAGCAUUUGCAUUUCCGUCUGUAUUGGUCGCCAGCAAAUGCGACAUUCAAGCACCAGAUGGACCGCUCGAGCCUGCGUUGAAGAACUAUCAGAUUCACAAGACAUCUCCGGAGUCGCCGCGGUCGCAAAAGAUGUGCAUUUCAAUGGUUCUGCGUGAAGUUAUCAACAGUAAAUACGACACCACUGGUUACUCGUACUCAUUUAAAAAACCCUCCACACAGGACUGGCAUCACAGCCGUGCCAACUCUGAAAACCCCACGGCUGCAUUAACUGGAGCCGCGGGCGGCCCUAUCACUAGUACCUUUGAACCGGGAGUCGAUGGGUACGGUGAAGACCGUCAGUCCACCGACCCCUCGAAUUCUUCAAACCUGGCCUCCAAUGCACAAGGCUUACGAUUCUCCCGGAUCAAUUCGUGUCCGGUGCGACCACAUACACCUCCUUCAGGGACUCGAUUGAAUCCACACAAAACAUCAACGGCGGAGUCACCGGCGAAGGAUGACGGUCGGCAGCAGCGGCUUCAUACAGCCUGGCGGAAUAGUGGUGGCUCAGAUGCCUUCAACAGCUUUCUAGAUAUGGACAACGGAAUGGAAGGGCCAGCUAGCGCUCCCUCGAGUCCGGAAAGCAAAGAAAAGGCGUUGAGCGAAGGAUCUUCCAAUGGAUCUUCGAAUGAUGCCGGAUUCACGUUCGAUGAACUCGUUGAUCGCCUUGUUGCACAACCAAUGUCGAAGCAGGACUCCAAAUUCGCGUCUAUAUUCCUCUGCCUUUACCGCAAGUUUGCCGCACCGUCCACUUUGUUGAAUGCACUUAUCAACCGAUUUGAACGGAACGAGAAGAAUUUUACCGAUCAACUGACUCGCAUUGCGGAUCAGCUGAGGUUACUUAAUAUUAUGUCCACCUGGGUAUCGGAGUAUCCAGGCGACCUAGCCUACCCUAAGACCCGCAAGCGGAUUACGGAUUUUGUCUCUACUCUGGAAAAGAGUCACUUUUACAUGUUUGCUGCAAAGGAGGUUGGGUCUUAUCUUGAGAAUAAUGCAGAUGAUGAUGAUGUAGGUUGGCCAUUCAGAGAUGGCGACGUUGAUGAAUUUGACGGGCACGAGACUUUCCUCAAUAACUCCGGUCGGAGCUCACCAUCCUUGUUCCUUGGCGGAUCGACGUUCGACGAAGGCGAGGAGAAUGAAGAGGAAGAAGACCCUAUAUACAACAUGAGUGCGUUAGAUCUUAGUGAAGGCGCGUCAGAUCCAUCUUCGAAGCUUUCGAACUCGGCCACCUUCGAGAAACCUGGUACCGUGUCGAGCCAGUCGUUCACAUUUUUGAGCAUGGAGGCUGCACAGAAGGAAUCUCAAAAUCUGGAACUUACCCCUCGACUAUCAUUGUCAAAGAUGCAAUGGCGACAAUUCAUCGAAAUACCUGAUGAAGACUUCGCGCGCGAAUUAACCCGGAUUGACUGGAUCAUGUUCAACUCUUUCCGGCCACGGGAUCUUGUGCGGCAUGUCAGCAUCUCUGGGCCGGACAAAGACAAGAUAAAGAGUUUAAAGCAUGUCAAUCGGAUGAUCAAACAGUUCAAUCAUCUAGCAUUUUUCGUUGCUAGUGUUAUCCUCUUCCGGGACAAGCCUAAGCACCGAGCGAAAGCAUUAGAAAAGUUCAUGAAUGUUGCACAAAAACUGCGUCGAUUAAAUAACUAUAAUUCUCUCGGUGCAGUAAUCGCCGGAAUCAACGGAACACCGGUGCAUCGACUGUCGCAAACGCGCGAUUCCGUGCCUAUUCAAACGCAAAAAGAUUUUAUGAGGCUGGUCAUCCUCAUGGGGACACAAAAGAGCCACUUUGCAUAUCGCCUAGCAUGGGACAAUACCUUCUCAGAAAGGAUCCCAUUCCUACCACUGCAUCGGCGAGAUCUGGUCUCCGCUGAAGAGGGGAACCGAACAUUUGUAGGAGAUAACAAGUCUAGGAUCAACUGGCGGAAAUUUGAGGUGAUGGGGGAGGUUGUAUUGGGUAUUCAGCGCAGCCAGAAGACGCCUUAUCCUCAUCUACAGAGGUAUGAGGACGCAGCCAGACUGGUACUCGACAUCAAACUAUCGGGUGACGAUGAGGAUUUAUAUGCACGCAGUUCCCAGAUCGAGCCCUCCGCUGGUGGCGACACGGGACGCAAAAAGUUCGGCUGGUUACGGUCGUAA